AGUCCAACUAAACCAUUUAGAUUUAGAUUUAGGCGGAGCUUUCAAUUUGGCACCGCCCUCGUUUGCAUCGACACAUCUACGUACUCAUCGCCACUCUUCAAAAGCCACACCAACACUUUCACAAUCACAUUCACCUUCUCAUUUCCCUAACCCCUUUCCUCUCUCAUUCACACACCAUAGCCAUUGGAAAUGGAAGUCACAAUGUCUGCGUGCAAGUCUGUUAGCUCGCCUCCUGUUCCCGUUGCAGGUUUAUUUGUGGGGAGAGGUGGAGUGAAGAGUUCCCAAUGCAGCUUCUUAAAUGGAACGAAUAAGGUGAGGUUUCCUAGGCAAACAGCUCAAGGUACUCACUUUCACAAACAACACCAAACACGUCGUUGUGGGGCUCUCCAUGCAACUUGUCAAGGUGAUAAGAUCCUGAUUGCCAAUAGAGGCGAGAUUGCUGUUCGUGUUAUUCGUACCGCUCAUGAAUUGGGGAUACCGUGUGUGGCUGUGUACUCAACCAUUGAUAAGGAUGCACUUCAUGUCAAGUUGGCUGAUGAAGCUGUUUGCAUAGGUGAAGCGCCAAGUAGUCAAUCGUACUUAUUGAUCCCAAAUGUUCUGUCUGCUGCAAUUAGCCGCAGAUGUACGAUGUUGCAUCCUGGAUAUGGUUUUCUUGCUGAGAAUGCAGUGUUUGUUGAAAUGUGUAGAGAACAUGGAAUCAAUUUUAUUGGGCCUAAUCCUGACAGUAUUCGGGUUAUGGGUGACAAAUCAACUGCCAGAGACACAAUGAAGAAAGCAGGUGUUCCUACUGUUCCUGGAAGUGAUGGGCUUUUACAGAGCACAGAAGAAGCUAUCAGGGUGGCAAGUGAAAUUGGUUAUCCUGUGAUGAUCAAGGCAACAGCCGGCGGUGGAGGACGUGGCAUGCGUCUUGCUAAAGAACCUGAUGAGUUUGUGAAGUUGUUGCAGCAAGCUAAGAGUGAGGCAGCUGCUGCAUUUGGCAAUGACGGGGUUUAUUUGGAGAAGUACGUUCAAAAUCCAAGGCACAUUGAGUUCCAGGUUCUUGCAGAUACAUACGGUAAUGUUGUUCACUUUGGAGAACGUGAUUGCAGCAUCCAGAGGCGUAAUCAGAAACUGCUGGAAGAAGCACCGUCUCCUGCCUUGACCCCAGAGUUGCGGAAGGCAAUGGGAGACGCAGCAGUUGCAGCUGCUGCAUCUAUUGGUUACAUAGGCGUUGGAACAGUUGAGUUCCUCUUGGAUGAAAGGGGUUCCUUUUACUUCAUGGAGAUGAACACUCGUAUCCAGGUUGAACAUCCUGUGACAGAAAUGAUUUCCUCUGUUGAUUUGAUAGAAGAACAAAUUCGUGUAGCUAUGGGAGAAAAACUUCGAUACAAACAGGAGGAUAUUGUGCUCAGAGGACAUUCUAUUGAAUGCCGUAUCAACGCAGAAGAUGCUUUUAAGGGAUUUAGACCAGGGCCAGGUAGAAUUACAGCAUACUUGCCUUCUGGAGGUCCAUUUGUCAGAAUGGACAGCCAUGUUUAUCCUGACUAUGUGGUUCCUCCAAGCUAUGACUCACUUCUUGGAAAGCUGAUUGUAUGGGCUCCAACAAGAGAAAAAGCAAUUGAACGCAUGAAAAGGGCACUUGAUGACACUAUUAUCACAGGAGUUCCUACAACAAUUGAUUAUCAUAAACUUAUCCUUGAUAUAGAGGAUUUCAGAAAUGGCAAGGUUGAUACCGCUUUUAUUCCAAAGCACGAGGAGGAGUUGGCAAUGCCACCUCAGAAGAUGGUACCAGUUAACAGGGCAUAAGAACUAGCUGGCACAACUGCCUGAUGCCACCCUUUUUAAUCACUUUGUCGAGCGUUCAUGUGGAAGUUUUAAUGAAAUUUUGAUAAUCAGUCUCGCACAAUUCUCUUUGUUCACAUAAUUUUAUUGUAAAAUCAAUUAAUUUCAUGUUUGAUUUCAUCCCAAAUGUUAGUGCAAGGAAUUGGGAAUGCCUCCUUGCAUUUUUUCCAAAUCAUAGUUGUCACAAUGCUUCUUUAGAGGAGCUUUGCCCCAUGGCUUGUUUGUAAUUCUUGUAUCAAGAGCUCACUUCUAGAUACGGUGAUAAAACUUAAACUUAUCGAAGGUUCGGUUUGCUACAUGGAUCGAUUGGCGUCACUAGAACCUGUUAAUCAAACU